AUGCGCUGGGGCUCCAAGCUCCUAGCCCUGGCGGCAACAGGCGCGUGGGGAGCGAACGCCCUCGACGCAUCAAUCUUUACAUUUGCCUCUACUGAUGAAACAUCCAAUAAUGCCAAAGCGAUCUCCCAGGAAGUACCGGAAGAAGUUGCUCAACUAAUCCUUGAGCUGCGCAUGGGCUCCUCGCUUGGGUCUGUCCUCGGUAAGGUGCAAACAGACACCAUUGACCGCAUGAAUUCCUAUUCCGGUUCUCAGCCCAGUCUAUUUGGAGGCUCCCUAGAUAAAGAACUACCACAAAGAAGCUUCAUUUUUCUCGAAGGGCUCGGUGAAAAUAUCGGUUCAAAGUUGCGAAAGCACCAAGCACCCAACAUUUUCGUUCCUCAAACCUCUUCAAGUCUCGUGGACGAUGCUCUGGUGUCUCUUAUCGGCGAUGGCGAUGUGGACCGACACUGCACUUACCAUGCGAACACCAGCCGAAGCCAACCGAAAGCUGCUCAGUCCAUCCAAGAGUGUCUUUCUAGGGACCCAAUACUGUCUCAUGGAAAAAGCAUAUUGAGCCACGAGGUUCUGAACCUGAUCAGGUCGAUGGAGGCAUGGGGAAGCAACGAUUUCAAAACAACCGGCUCAAGACUAGUAUUCAAGGCGAUCUCCGGGGAUGACUCGCUGGUUACCAAAACCUUCAACUCGAUUUUUCAUGAUCUGAACCAGUUGGUAUUGUCAGAAAAUCGGGAAAUUACAGUGUUGCUUUUGACCGGCAAAGAAAGUACACAAGACUUGCCGCGGGUCUCCCGACGAGAUGUGAUGACUCAGACUGAAUCGCAUACAUCCACGAUCAACAUCCAGGAAAAAUCCCAAAGAUCGUCCCAGGAAUCUGUCAUAUCCUCGGUCUUUGCACCUGUCUGCCACGCUUCCAACUCAUCCUGCGUCGACGCAACUAACAAUUGUUCCGGGCAUGGAUAUUGCUAUCUCAAGUAUGGCUCUGGCGAUGAGAGCACCAGUGGAAAUUGCUACGCAUGCCGCUGCCAACAGACUGUACAACGGAAUAGUGACGGCACCACCCAGAAGUUCCAGUGGGGUGGCUCUGCUUGCCAGAAAAAAGAUAUCAGCUCACCUUUCUUCCUCAUUGCUGGUGUUAGUGUCUUGGCUAUUUUGAUGGUGAGCAGCGCUGUUGGAAUGCUUUUUAGUAUGGGACAAGAAGAACUCCCUAGCGUGAUUGGGGCCGGGGUUGGAGCGACAAAGUCCCAGUCGUAA